AUGCAGUCAUAUAUCGUCUAUAUGGGUGACCGGCCUAAGAGUGAAUUCUCGGCUUCUUCCCUUCACUUGAACAUGCUGCAAGAAGUCACUGGCAGCAAUUUUUCUUCGGAAUCUCUGCUCCAUAGCUUCAGCAGAACUUUCAAUGGAUUUGUAGUGAAGUUGUCAGAGGACGAGGUGGAAAAACUUGCUGCAAUGUCAAGCGUAGUAUCUGUAUUUCCUAAUAGAAAGAAAAAGCUUCACACAACAAGGUCAUGGGACUUCAUGGGAUUUUCACAAGAAGUUCAAAGGACCAACGUAGAAAGCAAUAUCAUUGUUGGGAUGCUUGACACUGGGAUCUGGCCCGAGUCCGAAAGCUUUAAUGAUGCAGGAUUUGGUCCACCACCAAGCAAAUGGAAGGGCUCUUGCCAAGUCUCAUCCAAUUUCUCUUGCAACAAUAAAAUAAUCGGAGCAAAGUAUUAUCGUAGCGAUGGAAUGUUCAAUCAAAGUGAUGUCAAAUCUCCAAGGGAUUCAGAAGGCCAUGGGACACACACCGCUUCUAUUGCAGCAGGGGGGUCAGUUAGCAUGGCAAGCCUGUAUGGCCUUGCCAUGGGAACUGCUCGAGGCGGGGUUCCAUCAGCUCGUAUUGCUGUGUACAAAGUAUGCUGGUCAGACGGUUGUUGGGACGCUGACAUUCUUGCAGCGUUUGAUGAUGCAAUUGCUGAUGGCGUUGACAUUAUCUCCAUUUCAGUUGGAGCCUCGAAACCUCAUGCCUAUUUCAAUGAUUCAAUCGCAAUAGGAGCCUUUCACGCUAUGAAAUAUGGUAUAUUGACUUCCAAUUCCGGUGGGAAUAAGGGUCCUGGGCUCGCCACAAUCUCAAAUAUAUCACCAUGGUCUCUUUCUGUGGCUGCUAGCACAAUUGACCGAAAGUUCCUUACGAAGGUUCUACUAGGAAACAACAAGGCUUACGAGGGCAUUUCGAUAAAUACAUUUGAUCUUCAGAAUGUUAUGUAUCCUCUGAUUUACGGAGGAGACGCUCCAAACAUCACAGGAAAUUUUAGUAGCUCCUCCUCAAGGUUUUGCUUUCAAAACUCAUUGGACCCAGCUUUAGUGAAGGGCAAAAUUGUUCUUUGCGAUGACUUGGGUGGUUGGAGAGAACCAUUCUUUGCUGGUGCAGUUGGUGCCGUAAUGCAAGACGGAGGUGCCAAAGAUGUCGCCUUCUCUUUUCCACUGCCUUUGUCCUACCUUGGAACAGGGGAGGGUAGCAACAUUCUAUCCUACAUGAACUCUACAAGCAAUGCAACAGCCACUAUUUAUAAAAGUAACGAGGCAAACGAUACAUCAGCCCCUUAUGUGGUCUCAUUUUCCUCAAGAGGUCCGAAUGCAUUUACACCUGACGCUCUCAAGCCAGAUAUAGCUGCCCCAGGAGUUGACAUUCUAGCCGCCUGGUCUCCACUUUUUCCCGUUUCUCAACUUGAAGGGGACAAUAGAAUGGUGCCAUACAACAUAAUUUCAGGGACAUCAAUGGCUUGCCCACACGCAAGCGGGGCUGCUGCCUAUAUCAAAUCGUAUCAUCCCACUUGGUCUCCUGCUGCCAUCAAGUCUGCUCUUAUGACCACCGCUUCUCCAAUGAAUGCUGAAAUCAAUAAUGAUGCUGAAUUUGCAUAUGGCGCCGGCCAUAUUAAUCCUAUGAGGGCUGUAAAUCCCGGUUUAGUAUAUGACGCGGGGCCAAUUGACUACAUGAAAUUUUUGUGUGGACAAGGAUACAAUAGUAGUGUUCUACGAAUGAUCACUGGCGAUAAUAGCAGUUGCUCAGACGCUAUCAAUGGAACAGUUUGGGAUCUGAACCUCCCCUCGUUUGCACUUUCUACCUCGAGCUCGGAGGUGGUUAGUCGAGUCUUCAACAGGGUCGUCACAAACGUAGGGUCACCAACAUCCAUAUACAAAUCUAACGUGACUGCCCCGCCAGGACUUAAAAUCCAAGUGAACCCCACCAUUCUAUCAUUUUCCUCCCUGGGUCAAAAUCUCUCUUUUGCACUCACAAUUAAAGGAACGGUAGCUAGUUCCAUAGCCUCUGCUUCUUUGGCAUGGGAUGAUGGAGUAUAUCGAGUCAGGAGCCCUAUUACCGUGUAUGUUGCUCUGAAGCGAAAGCCUUGAAACUAUAAGCACAGCUAUAAAUACUAGUACUCUUUGUCAAUUACUUGGGAGUAAACUGGCUCAAGCGUUUCUUUUCUGUCGUAAAUUCAACGUUUCAAUUUCAGUCACCAGAAACCUCUAUCAUACAAGUAAUGGUUGCGUUUGGUUACUAAAUUAAAAUAAAUAAAAUUUUUAUAUUUUUUCUUUGUUUUAAA